GUCUACGCACAAGCCGCUGGUAAUCUCUCCACGGUCGAUAACAUGGCCUGUGGCUUGGCAAACUCGAUGACGGCGGGCAUGCGCAACAAACCAUACGACGACCUCGACGAUCAGCGUAUAGAUGAACUCUUCCCAGGCCUAAGAGCAGCGGUGGGUGCAACUCUUGUCGCCGACACAUGCGUCUACGUACAUUGGCUCUGGGUCGUAUACCCGGUUGCACUCCUAGUGCUUCAGUGGACAUUCUGCGCUCUGGUGCUCGCGAGCCGACGUUCUAGCCCUGACGGACAGCAAUACAUGGCCUGGAAAUCAUCACCACUGGCGCUCUUGUUCAACGGACUUGACGCUGAUCUUGCCAAAAGGCAUGGAGGCUUGUAUACGCUAAACAAAAUGAACCAAGUGGCGGAGAGUACUACUGUGCAGGUAGUCCCUGUUGAUGGCUCUAAGGACGAGGCAUGGAGAUUUUGCCAAACUAAGACGUAGCUUUAGAUUUCAAUGGAGG